AUGAGAAUACAUUCUUGUAAUUAUCCAUGGCUUUUACUAGCCAUUCUCGUGAUUCUCCUCUCCUUCUCUGGAGCUCUCUCAAGUGACGAUGAGGAGAAGACGACCUCGAAGAAUACGAAGAAAGAAGUGACUUAUGAUGGAACGUCUUUGAUCAUUAAUGGAAAAAGAGAACUUCUUUACUCUGGCUCCAUACAUUACCCUCGAAGCACUCCUGAUAUGUGGCCAAACAUCAUCAAAAGAGCGAAACAAGGAGGUUUGAACACGAUUCAGACAUAUGUUUUUUGGAAUGUUCAUGAGCCUGAACAGGGGAAGUUUAAUUUUUCGGGUAGAGCCGAUUUGGUGAAGUUCAUAAAACUGAUUGAGAAGAAUGGUAUGUAUGUAACAUUAAGGCUUGGACCUUUUAUUCAGGCUGAAUGGACUCAUGGAGGACUUCCUUACUGGCUGAGAGAAGUUCCAGGAAUCUUCUUCCGUACCGACAAUGAACCAUUCAAGGAACAUACAGAGAGAUAUGUCCGAGUGAUACUUGACAAGAUGAAGAAGGAGAAGCUUUUUGCUUCACAAGGAGGCCCCAUUAUAUUAGGACAGAUAGAGAAUGAGUACAGUGCGGUUCAACGUGCAUACAAAGAAGACGGAUUAAACUACAUUAAGUGGGCAGCUAAAUUGGUACAUUCUAUGAAUUUGGGGAUCCCAUGGGUUAUGUGUAAGCAAAAUGAUGCUCCUGAUCCUAUGAUCAAUGCUUGUAACGGAAGGCAUUGUGGUGAUACAUUCCCUGGUCCAAACAAAGACCACAAGCCAUCUUUAUGGACAGAGAAUUGGACUACUCAGUUCCGUGUUUUUGGUGAUCCUCCAACGCAAAGAUCUGCAGAAGAUAUAGCCUUUUCUGUUGCCCGGUUCUUUUCCAAAAAUGGAAGCCAUGUUAACUACUACAUGUACCAUGGAGGUACUAACUUUGGAAGAACCUCUGCACAUUAUGUAACUACUCGUUACUAUGACGAUGCACCUCUUGAUGAAUACGGAUUGGAGAAGGAGCCUAAGUACGGUCAUCUAAAACAUCUUCACAACGCGCUUAACUUGUGCAAGAAGGCACUUCUCUGGGGCCAACCUAAAACUGAGAAACCUGGCAAAGACACAGAGAUAAGAUACUAUGAGCAGCCUGGAACGAAAGUUUGUGCAGCAUUUCUAGCUAACAAUAACACAGAAUCUGCAGAAAAAAUCAAAUUCAAGGGAAAGGAGUAUGUUAUACCAUCUCGCUCCAUCAGUAUUCUCCCUGACUGCAAAACUGUUGUUUACAACACCGGCGAGAUUGUCUCUCAUCACACUGCAAGGAACUACAUGAAGUCGAAAAAGGCAAAUAAGAAGUUUGAUUUCAAGGUGUUUACCGAGACAGUUCCUCAAGAGCUUAAAGGUGAUAAUUAUGUCCCCGUUGAGCUUUAUGGCUUGACCAAAGACGAGUCUGAUUACGGAUGGUACACAACAAACUUCAAGAUAGAUGACAGUGACCUUAAGAAGAAAGGAAAGACUACUUUGAGGAUUGCAAGUCUUGGCCACGCGUUGCAUGUCUGGCUCAAUGGAGAAUACCUUGGAUUUCCAGAUAGUGGAUCUUACAUGGAGCAUAGAUACACAGGUCCACGUAGUGUUUCCAUCUUAGGGUUGAGCUCUGGAACACUUGAUCUGACUGAAAAAAGCAAAUGGGGAAACAAGGUGGGUAUGGAAGGAGAAAAGCUUGGUAUCCACGCUGAGAAAGGAGUUAAGGAGGUUAAAUGGCAGAAAUUCUCAGGAAAAGCACCAGGACUUACAUGGUACCAGACAUACUUCGAUGCGCCAGAGAGCCAAAGCGCAGCAGCAAUUAGGAUGAAUGGAAUGGGGAAAGGGUUGAUAUGGGUUAAUGGAGAAGGUGUUGGUCGAUAUUGGAUGUCGUUUUUAUCGCCUUUAGGCAAGCCAACUCAAAUCGAGUAUCACAUCCCUAGAUCUUUUUUGAAGCCCAAGAAAAACCUUUUGGUUAUAUUUGAGGAAGAACCAAAUGUGAAGCCAGAGCUUAUAGACUUUAUCAUCGUCAAUAGAGACACUUUAUGUUCUUACAUCGGAGAAGAAUACACGCCUAGUGUCCGACACUGGACUAGGAAGAAUGACCAAGUCCAGGCCAUCAGUGAUAACGUGCAUCUCACGGCUACUCUUAAAUGUUCCGGUACUAAGAAGAUCUCAGCGGUGGAAUUCGCUAGCUUCGGAAACCCUAUUGGAACUUGUGGAAACUUCACCCUUGGAUCUUGUAAUGCUCCUGCUUCUAAGCAAGUCAUCGAGAAGCAUUGUUUGGGUAAGGCAGAGUGUGUGAUUCCGGUGAACAAGAGUACAUUCCAGCAAGACAAAAAGGAUUUAUGUCCCAAAGUUGUGAAGAAGCUUGCUGUGCAAGUGAAGUGUGGCCGUGACAAGAAGAACUAA